AUGAAUGCCCUUGACAGGGAAUUUUAUGCAAAACAUUUUUUGACAGAAAACAAAGGGGAAAUUGAUGUACAAUGGAAGGAAAAAUGUGAAGAGCCCAUGGUAAAACCUGAAGAAUUAACAGGAAUUCCUGACACAGAAAAAUCAUCAUUAAUCAGGUACGCGUGAAUAGGGUGGCAUAUUUUUAUACAUUUAUUUUUUUACGAAGCCUCUUUUCCAUUCAUGGCAAUAUAUAUAUUAAGUAUAUUACUUCUGAGGUUUCACUUUCUACCACAAAACGUCCUAAACAACUUCCUACAUCCAUAAACAAACGCAUUUUGCCUCGUGGAAUGGAAAAUUCCACCUUUCACAUCAUGAAAAUGUUUUUACUAUUGCACUCAUAAACAUUCAUUAUUAGUUUAUUAUUUUAUGUAUCCACAUGACUGGGCGUAAAAGUUAUAAUCAACCUGUACAGCAUAUUUCGUUUUUUGUCGUGUUUCUCCCAGUUUUGAACGUGAUACACACACACAUCUUCUAAAGAAGACCUUACUUGAAAAAACGAGCGGGGAGCCGGACCACCACCAUUUUUUUUCUGGACCUCACCACUCGACAAGCAAACAAAUCUUAUUUAUUGCUUUUAUUAGAAGGCGCAGUAUAUCUUCCGACCGAGAUGUCGCGAACCAGUACCGUUCGGUUUCAAUGGAGAAAUUUAUGGUUUUCGUGCGUUCUGAGGCAUCCACUGUCAAUCUCAAGGUGUCAGGAUGCGAAAUAACAGUUUGUAUUCCUGCUUCUGAUCAUACACGAAACGUACAACUGCACAGAAAUGUUGGUUCCUGGAGUGUCGAUUUGUCGCGUAAUAACCCAGGAUUUGGCAAACCAUAUUUGUUAAAGUUAACCAAUCAAGAAAAGGUGCAUUAUUUUUUUUAAAUAGGAUUUUUUCAUGUCUAGCUGACUUGUUUUUGAGAAUGAUCAACACUAAACCCGAUUUACAUUACGAAGCAUAACCUGGAUUAUUCCCAGGUUAUGCUUCAUAGCCAAUGAAGAUAUGGUGCGAAAAAGUAUAGUGUAAAAUGCGUUUAACCUCGUUUAAAACUUUUGCAAAGUGAAUAAAAUUCUAAACAGAUUCACGUUCAAUAAUAAUUUAUGAGGAUAUUAGAUGAUCAUUCUAAACCUGGUGGUGAAUUAUGUGUGCUGCAGUCCUACGACUUGAUCAAGAUUUGAUCCAGUGCAAAACCUGGAAAAGUCUUUGAUCAACAAAGUUCUAUUUACAGAUUUAAAAUAUUUCAAAUUUCUAGAAUGACGAGAUAAAAGUUUCCAUUGUUCCUGAACGUGAUUUUAUCAAGACGAGUAUGCUUCAUUGCACAUUUAAAAGUCUAACAGAGUUCUCUCUUACUGGUCCAAACUUACGAGUAGUAAACUCACUGUAUGAUAACACAUUAACUGGAAUGAGUCUUCAGCUGAAUUCAGUUGGAAAUUUAAGAAUAUCGUCUCAUCCACUGCAAGUGAAAUCUCUUGACAUCAGUGUGAGGCCUCCCGAAGGUAAGUGCCUCAUGAAGAAAUAUUAGCAGAAUACCAUGUAAUUUCAUAGAUAUGAAUAAUUCAUAAGCAAGACACAAAGGAAAUAUCGGUACCAUGUCGUUGACUUGAUGUUAUGGUAAUGAAUUUGGUUUCAAACUGGUUCAUGUGAAAAGUCACUUUUCUAGUUAAAUACAUUUUAAUGUUUGCGAUGCAAUCCCACGCCAUGAUUAAUUGCCUUAUUUUAAUUAUGUAAAUUAUAUGUGUAUUUGUUUUACCCAUAUUUUACAUUUACCUAUAUAGGGGAUCCAGGCAACAGUAACGUAUAUGUGGACACUGGGGCUGCCGUUAAAUGUCAAAGUUUGACGGCGUGUAUCGAAGAUGGCUCCAACGUAUUCUUGAAUGGCACAGUAACGUGCACUCCUUCAUGUAAUAAUCUGAAUGUUCGAGUAAUAUCUGGCAAUCUCCAUGUGAGUGUGAGCGGAAUUCUAGGACAAAAGGUCUUCACAGAUACCGUAUCAGAUAAAGAUAUCAAGAAAACAAAUAAGAAAAAAAAUCAACACACGAGCAGUUUCAAUGGAUAUAAAACUCCACCCAGCACGUUAGAACAGAACAGCAAGAUGGACGCAUCCUAUGAACAGGAUGCAAAGACUGAUUCAUCAGGUCGACAGAAUACCAAGGCCGAAACAAACAAACUGUAUUUGGUAAUUGACGAAGGAAACUUGACAAAUUUUGGUAGAAUCUGUGCUAAAGAGUACUUGUUGUUAAUCUGCGACACCUUGAUGCUCUGUAAGGAUUCCAAGCAUGAUACAGCAUCCAGAGGGUUUCGCAGUUACACUGCAUUGCAAAAAGAAUCUGGAUUUUUGUCAAGUAUCAGCGUACAAGAAAAUCCAAAACAACGCUCUUCGUCUUAUGAUUCUCGAUUACUUUCAACUGUGCAAAGUCUUGAUUCUAAACGUUUGAUAUCAAUUUUGAAUGAAGAAGUCGAUCCAACGAUCAAGGUAGAUGAUCGUAGUAUUUACACUGAAUUCAAUAAUAUCUGUGGUGAAAGAAAUAAAGCAACUUACGAUAAAGAUAAAGUAGAAAAAGACUUGAUACGUAGAUGUUUGAACAUCUGGAAGUGGAAACAUGGUGUAAUUUCCUGUACAUCAAUAACGUGUGUAGUGAAACAAGAUAUUAAUGAUUGUUCACAACUACAGAGCAAGGAAUUAGCUUUGCAGGUCGAUGGAACUGCAAGGGUGGCAAGACCGUGGACAUGGAAAUGUGGAGAAUUAUCUGGUUUUGUGAAAGGAGAUUUUCUUUUCCAUGAUAACGCUGUGCUUACAAAAUUUAACAAAUUUUGUGUAUUUGGUAAUUUUCGAAUUUUUCGAACAUCCAGUGUUCGUGUUCAAGAAGGUGGUGACCUAAUCAUUGGUGAGGAAUUUGAAAAUAACAGUGUGUUAAUCAGCGAUAAAAAUCUUAGUUUAACUCUUGGUUACCUGAAACAAGCAAGAGCCAGUUCUAUCAUCAGCAAUGAAGAUCUUCUUGUCGCUUUAUAUAGGAAAAUUGAGGAUGUUUGGUUUGGAAAUAUCUAUGCUGAUCAUCGUCUCUUUCUCCAGGUGCAAGAACGAGUUGUUUGUGACGCUUUAUGUGUUGCAAAAGCAGUUCAUCUGGAAUUCUUUGGAGAGCGUCCACAAUUCGUUGUCACACAAGUACUUCUUGCUGAGGAAGGCAGCUUGAACAUGUGGGCUGAAAAUGAAUAUGAAAGCGCUAAUUUUCUCUUGUCUGGAAAACUAAUUUCCAAUGGAAUACAAGCAGAAACAGCAAGUGUGUGCGUUCUGCCUGGUGGAGUUGCCGAACUCACUUGUGAAUCAAAUGUCAAUGAAGUUGAUGUGAUCACGAGAUGGCUACAUAUCAGCAAUCAAGCAGUCAUGAUAAGUAAAUCGAAAGAAAACAUCAGAAAUCAUGUAUCAAAAAUCAUGAAGAAUUAUAACUUCACAACUAGCGUUUACUGUGAGGAAUCUAUUUUUGUUGAUGGUGCUUUGGGAGCCUUUGGUUCAGAUCUUAGCAUUUACUGCGAGGCCUUGAGAAACAACGGCGUAAUAAAACUAUCCACAAUUAAUCGUUCCUCCAGUUCACUUCACAUUGAAUGUGACAAAGAGCUUUUCAACUCUGGCACUAUUGGAUCGGAAGGAAACAUGACUAUUGAUGCGAUGAUUGUCUCUAACGAAACUGGUGUAAUUAAGUCUUCACCAAGUCUCAGAAUUUCGACAAAUUUUCUUGGUGCAACAUCAUUGUGUGGCCAAAUCCUUGUAGACAAACAACUGUUUAUUCAUUCAAAGUCAGAAGAAGAGCUUUUGUUGAAUGUGAUUGGUGGAAAAAGCGAAGGUGACCGGCAUUUUAUCCCUCCUUACCAACUUGAAGUGAAAUGCAAAAACGCUAAUUUAAAAAUCGAUUCAAGUAUCAUAUGUCCGGAACAGCUGUCAAACGAAAACGAAGGUGAAAGUUCUAUAAUGGUUCUUAGUCUGCACAAUUGUUUGAGUCUAACAAGGGAAUGUGUGUUAGAAGAUGUUCGUAUUCAGUUCAUCCAGAUUGAACAAGAAGACAACAAUGCAGAAGAACCCUCAAAAUUCGUACUUCAGGAUUCAUUUAAAGUAAAAUCACUUUAUCUUUCUUCUGGAAAUGCGCUGGAGUCUGAAGUGGUGAGAAAAGGCAAGAUCUCGUUUGGAGGUUCAAACAAGUCAACUGUUGUUGACACUCUUGAAGUCGAUGGAGCAGUUCAUGAAGUUAUAUUUGGAACAGAAAAUCUGUUUGUUUGCACAGAAGCAGUCCUAGAUUGUGAAAGGGCUACAAUAAAAACAGAUUUAGAGUGUGUGGAAGUUCACGCGAACAACCUGAAUGUUCAUGGACAGAUGAGAUGCAUGGGAGGAAGCUCCGACGAUAAGAAAUCCUUGGUUAAAGUUAAGCAUACUUUUAGUACAGACGGCAGUGUUUUAUGUGCUGGUUCUGUUGAAAUGUUCAUUGGUGAAUCGUUUGAACAAACAGAAGAUGGAAAUAUAGCUGUAGAAGGAGACCUUCUGUUAAAAAUCGUCAAUGAGAAUGGACACACCUCUUUAGAAGGUUUGACUAAAGGCCAGAAAGAAUCAGUUAUGAAAGUUGAAAGUGAUAACAUCAAAGUUUCAGGAUGUGUGUCAAAAGUUCAUACUCUUAGUUUGAACGCCGAAAUCGACAUGGCACUUUACGAGAAAAGUAGAAUUUCAUGUGAGGAAAUUGACGUGACAGGAAAAUGGAUUACAACUGCAGGGACGAUUAAUGGAUUCAACACACUGAGCAUCGAACCAUGGGCAAUAAUGAACACUGGUAUAAUUGAGUCUAAGAACGACUCCUCUAGUAUUUUCUUUCAGUCUGAUUUAACCCUAAUUAACAGCGGUAUUUGUCGUGCACAGAUGACGUAUCUCGAAGCACCAUUCUUAUUAAAUCUUCCUGGUAAAGUAAUUUCUGAUGUGAAUGACGUCACAUGUUGCGAAUUGGUUGGUAAAGAGAAGCUUAAGUUAGAAAGCAUUGCCUGUUUUCUGGGUGGUUCUUCUCUUCGCUCGUGUAAAAGAUACGAAAAUUUGAGCGUGCUGCUGUUCAAAUUUUUAACCUAUAUUGCCUGCACGCCUGAUUCGAAGAAUUUAGAGGCAUGGUCGAAAGCUGCAGAGUCCCUGAGGAACAUUCAAUCACAGGUUGUUCACGAUGCUAGUAAACAAGACUCGACGAUAUUAAAAACCCUGAUGAAUUCGAAGGAUUUAGUUACAGGUACGGAAGUUGAUUUGAGGAUUUCGAGGAUGUAUGACAUGGUUAACGAUUUUGUUGCUGAGAUUUUGAAGAAAGGUAUCAUGUCGUUUGACCACACGAAACUAGUGCAUAUCCUAACAAUCGAGAGUGAACGAUACACGAAGAUCAACAUUUUAAAGGAAAAAUUACUAAAAAUUCCAGAAAGAGCGAGGGCGAUACGUGAGCUAAUGAAAAAAAGAGCAAUCAAAAUAAAGAAAUCA